AUGCUCGAAUAUGAAGUUCGCUAUACACCAUUUGAAAAAUUGUGCCUCGCACUUGUGUGGGCCACAAAGAAGCUAAGGCUUUACAUGCUCGUUCACACAGUUCAUGUGGUGUCUCAAAUGGAUCCUCUCAAGUAUCUAUUCGAAAAAUCCACACUUAAUGGAAGGAUAUCAAGAUGGAUAGUUACUUUAGCCCAAUUUGAUCUGAAAUUUGUGCCCCAAAAUUCCAUCAAGGGAUCUGCAGUUUCAAACUUCUUGGCUGACUUCCCACUUGAAGACUCAACACCAGUACAAGAAAACGAGUUCCCAUACGAAGAGUUGUUUGUCACUGAAGAUGAUACUUGGAUACUACACUUCGACGGUGCAUCAAAUCAAAGAGGAUGUGGCAUAGGAGUCUUACUAGUGUCACCUAAUGAAGAGCACAUCCCGAUCUCAAUAAAACUUGACUUCAAUGUAACCAACAAUGCUGCAGAAUACGAAGCUUGUGUGGUAUGUCUCGAAACAGCAUUAGCACUUGGAGGAAAAAAGCUUCGAAUAUUUGGAGACUCAUCCCUUAUCAUCAAUAUUAUUUCUAAGAGAUGGAAGGUGGGGAGUGAAAGCCUAGCUCCAUACCAAACUUACUUGGAAACUCUCACCGACCAACUUGACAAGGUAGAAUAUACAUAUCUACUAAGAGAAGAGAAUCAAUUCGCUGAUGCUUUAGCAAGACUAGCCUUGAUGGUUAGAAUUCCUAAGGAAAUUGAGCAAAUGCCCCUAACCAUAGAGAAAAGGCAUAAACCUACUUAUGUUUAA